AAAAAUUCAAAAAGGGAUCCACAUAUCCCGCACACACACGUCACAGAAUCACCAUAAAGGGGAUAUGCUUCCGAGACCCUGCGCUAAAGAUUGAUUGAUUAUCUUAUCUGAUCAACAUGCAAUUUACAUUGCUGAUCGCUUAUUAGUCCGGCCUUGGUUUGAUGGAUCCAGUUGCUCUGAGACAUGGGAAUGUGCCAACACUGCCAAGAGUGGUUGUCGCUGCGCGGGCGGAGAGGGACCGAGGUCGGAUCAGGACAAAAGUUGUAAGUAGAAGGGAAGUAAGGGUAAAAAUUGGGGAUUGAUGCUCGUAGUAAACAGCAGCAGCAGAGCUUUUUCUUCCAAUUUAUCUCUCGAUCUAUCACAUCUUUUCAAAACCAAAAAGAAAACGAACAAUGCGUCCCUCCAGCAUCAUCACUUUCCUCUCGUUGGCGGUUCUGCCUGUUGCGCUGGCUAGUCCGGUUGGAAGUAAUCAGGACUCAUCCAUCGUCAAACGCUGCUGCAUCCUCUGCGACAAUCCCUAUGCGCGAUGCGGAGCGAACGAUAAGCGUGAAGCCGUCCAGACAGAGGAGGAAGUGUUCCAUGGACAGGAGAAGCGGUGCUGUGUUAAUUGCGAUGUGAAUCGUUGUGGGAAUUAGAGGGGAAUGGGUUUGUUGGGUUGUUG